GCCGAUGGAUCUGCAAUCAUGCCCUGGUUUCACGACGUCAACUGGGACGGUAACGGUCUUCCAAAGGCAUCAACUUUACAGACACUUAUCGAUGGUGAUGCCUUCGGUCUCUUCGUAUCGCUAGCAUGUGAGCUAGCACUCUCAGACAUGCCACAGGGUAUCAGCGAGGCUUUUGCGUGCUUUGAGAUUGCCCAAGAAACUCUCUCUCAAGAAAAUAGUAGCGGCAGAAAAAGCCUAAACGAGGCCUCCAAUAGCGGCUUCAUACACUGCGUCAUUACGCCCUACCUCCUGCGAGCAUUCUUGAGAUGGGAUGAGGUCGUCAAUGAAAUGCCCUUUGCAGUAACGAAUGAUGAUCCAAAUCACGAUUUCAAGAGAACGAUUAGUCAGUUGAUCGAUUACCUCCUACUCCUUCUCAAAACUGUCGGUCUACAUUCUGCUCCCCUGGAAGAUGUUGCUUCUAUCCUUUCGUUACUGCGGCAGGACAGCAUGAAAAACAAGACUGCCACAUUGCUUCGAACCCUAACAAGCAUAAUUCGACCGACGAAAUCUCCAGUUUUGGGUCAACCGAACGGACUUUUCUCCUGGUUUGAAUUCGAAAGCCCCACUGAUAGCCUCCUCAUUGUUCCCUCGGUGGAGGCCGAUGACCAUUCUGUCAUUGAUGAGUGUACAUCUUUCGCCGGUAGGAAGCGACUCAGCGAAUUCAUUCCCAAGACUCUUGGAUCGGAUAGCGAUCAGGACCAGGCAGCCAACACGGACAGCGCAUCACUUUAUCCAGGUGUUCAAGGCUUGACUUUCUUCUUCUGGAUCUACUUCGAUUCACUUUCUUUCCAGUCUUCGUCAUCGAAACCACAACGUGGCUGUCUUCUUCGAAUGCUUUCUGUUGCUGGAAACGGUCUGGAAAUCUUCCUCUCCGCCACAGGAGAACUCUUCGUAGCCACAGCAAACUCUGGCGAAUUCUACUAUAUCCCAGUGAGCAACUUUUUAUCACUUUUUCAUGAUCACCGUAGUUCGGGCUAA